UCAGUCUCUCUCUCUCCCUCUCGUCACCAGCGGACUUCACUCGGUCCCUCCGCUGCGCCUGGAGCUUCAAAGCAAAGACCCGCUAACCCAUGCGGGGAUUAGAUACUAUCAACACUAGUGGGGUUUUGGUCGGCCUACAGUUCUUCGCAGCAGAAGGGUAAUUUCGUUUAGGAAAGAAGGCAAAAGGGAGAGAAAGGGCGAAGGAAUUAAAACAGUUUCUUCUGCUGUCGGUUGAGGAGAGUAGAUGAGUCAAUGGCCGGAGCUCAGCCAGGAGUUCACGCGCUGCAGCUCAAGCCCGUGUUUGUGAGUGAGAGCCUGAGAAAGGGCAACAAAUUUAUGAAAUGGGAUGAUGACUCUACUACGGUGACCCCUGUGACCUUGCGAGUCGACCCCCAGGGCUACUUCCUGUACUGGACUGACCAGAACAAGGACACUGAUCUCCUGGACGUUGCCUACAUCAAGGACGCCAGGAAUGGAAAAUGCACAAAAACGCCAAAGGACAUGAAGCUGCGAGAGCUUCUGGACGUGGUGGGGAAGAUGGAGAACAGGAUGCUGACGGUGGUGAGCGGACCAGACAUGGUCAACAUCACAUAUCUCAACUUCAUGGCCUUCCAGGAGGAGAUCGCCAAGGAGUGGGCAGAAGAGUUGUUUGGCCUGGCGUCUAACCUACUGGCCCAGAACAUGUCCAGAGAAGCAUGCCUGGAGAAAGCAUACACACGACUGAAGCUACAGCUCAACUCUGAGGGAUGCAUCCCUGUCAAGAAUAUCUUCAGGAUGUUCUCAGCAGACAGGAAACGAGUAGAGACAGCUCUGGAGAACUGCAACCUCCCUUCUGGGCGGAGUGAUGGUAUCCCACAAGAAGACUUCACUCCAGAGCUCUACAAAGUAUUCCUCACCAACAUCUGUCCUCGACCAGAAAUAGACAAUAUCUUCUCUGAAAUUGGAGCUAAAAGCAAACCCUACCUGACAGUGGAGCAGCUGACUGACUUUAUAAACGUCCGACAGAGAGACCCUCGUCUCAACGAGAUCCUCUACCCUCCUCUCAAACCUGAACAGGUUCAGAGCCUGCUGGACAAGUAUGAACUCAAUGAAAUGCUGGCGCAGAAAGGUCAGAUCUCGGUAGACGGCUUUGCCAAGUACCUGAGUAGUGAAGAGAACAGCAUCAUCCCUCCAGAGAAGCUGGACCAGAGUGAAGACAUGACCCUACCACUGCCUCAUUACUUCAUCAACUCCUCCCACAACACAUACCUCACAGCGGGCCAGCUGGCAGGUAACUCGUCGGUAGAGAUGUAUCGGCAGGUCCUCCUGUCAGGUUGUCGCUGUAUCGAGCUGGACUGCUGGAAGGGACGCACCACCGAAGAAGAACCUGUCAUCACACACGGAUUCACCAUGACAACUGAAAUCUCCUUCAAGGAAGUGAUUGAGGCCAUAGCAGAGUGUGCCUUCAAGACCUCCCCUUUCCCUGUCAUCCUCUCCUUUGAGAACCACGUGGACUCGCCCAAGCAGCAGGCCAAGAUGGCGGAGUACUGCAGGUCAAUAUUUGGAGACAUGUUACUGACCGACCCUCUGGAGAAGUACCCUUUGGAGACAGGGGUGCCCCUGCCCAGUCCAAUGGAUCUGAUGGGAAAGAUUCUGGUGAAGAACAAGAAGAAACACAUCAAGACAUCGAGUACAAAGAAGAAACUGUCAGAACAGGCCUCCAAUACCUACAGCGACUCAUCUAGUGUGCAUGAGCCAUCUUCUCCCAGCGCAGGGUCGACCAACCUGGAGAUGACCGAGUCCUCCCAGCCAAUAGAAGUCGCUGGGCUCAGCCUCAGAUCACAGGGAAGGAAGUCCAUUGGCGAAGUUGAGGCAGAGAGUGACGAUGAGGAUGAUGAUGAUGAUGACUGUAAAAAGGGGUCCAUGGAUGAGGGUACAGCGGGCAGCGAGGCGUUUGCCACAGAGGAGAUGUCCAACCUGGUCAGUUAUGUCCAGCCAGUCAAAUUUAACUCCUUCGAGGCCUCCAAAAAGAUCAAUCGGAGCUAUCAGAUGUCAUCGUUUGUGGAGACCAAAGCCUUGGAGCAGCUCACUAAGUCACCUGUGGAGUUUGUUGAGUAUAACAAGCUGCAGCUGAGUCGUAUCUACCCUAAAGGCACCAGAGUAGACUCCUCCAACUAUAACCCUCAGCUCUUCUGGAAUGCAGGUUGUCAACUGGUGGCCCUGAACUUCCAGACCAUCGACCUGUCCAUGAUGUUGAACCUGGGUAUGUAUGAGUACAAUGGAAAGUGUGGUUACAGGCUGAAACCAGAGUUCAUGAGACGACCAGACAAACACUUUGAUCCCUUCGCUGAGAGCACUGUGGACGGCAUCGUAGCCAACACAUUGUCUGUUAAGAUCAUCUCAGGCCAGUUCCUGACUGAUAAGAAGGUGGGGACGUAUGUGGAGAUAGACAUGUUUGGUCUGCCGGUGGACACCAGAAGGAAGGGCUUUAAGACCAAGACGUCUCAGGGCAACGCUGUCAACCCUGUCUGGGAGGAGGAGGCCUUUGUCCUCAAGAAGGUGGUACUGCCCACUCUGGCCUCGAUGAGGAUAUCUGUGUUUGAAGAUGGAGGGAAGUUCAUUGGCCAUCGCAUCAUUCCUGUGAAUGCCAUUCGCCCAGGUUAUCACUACAUUGGUCUGAGGAAUGAGAAGAACCAGGCUCUGACCCUCCCUGCUCUGUUUGUCUAUGUAGAGGUCAAGGACUAUGUCCCUGAUACAUUUGCAGAUGUCAUCGAGGCAUUGUCCAAUCCCAUCCGUUACGUCAACCUGAUGGAGCAGAGAGCUAAUCAACUGGCAGCUCUCACUUUGGAGGAGGGGGCAGAGGAGGAGGACAGCAGAGAGGUGGAGGCGGCUGGUGAUGACCCAAUGGAGCCUGACCCCCGGGUGACCUUGCCAGCAGAGAACGGGGUCAGCCACGCCCCCAUCAUCUCCUCCAAACCCCCCAGCCUGGUCAGCCACCAGCCACAGCCCACAGGUUCAGUGAAAAUUGCAGUGAAGACUGAGGACGUCAUUCAGAGUGUUCUCACAGAGAUGGAGGCCCAGACAGUAGAGGAGUUGAAGCAGCAGAAGGGCUUUGUGAGGGAGCAGAGGAAGCAGUAUAAAGAGAUGAAGGAGUUGGUAAGGAAACACCACCGUAAGACAAGCGAGCUGAUCAAGGAGCACACGGCCAGGGCUGCAGAGCUGCAGAACCAGCACCAGCGCAGGACCUCCGCGCUGCAGAAGAGCCACAAACGUGAUGGUAAGAAAAGCAGGUCGGAGCAGUCCCUGUCGACCCUGGAGCAGGAGCUGUGUGUGUUGGACCAGGAGUCCAGUCAGAGACUGUCUGAGCUGAAGGAGAAGCAGCAACAACAGCUACUCACACUGAGACAGGAGCAGUAUUACAGUGAGAAGUACCAGAAGAAAGAACACAACAAAAUGCUGUUGGAGAAGUUGACAGCCAUAGCCGAGGAGUGUCAGAGUGCCCAGCUGAAGAAGAUCAGAGACAUCUGUGACAAGGAAAAGAAAGACGUGAAGAAGAAGAUGGACAAGAAAAGACAGGAGAAGAUUAAUGAAGCAAAGGCCAACAACAAGAACGUGACAGAGGAAGAGAAGUUGGAAAUCAACAGGUCAUUUGUCAAUGAGGUGGUGCAGUAUAUCAAACGGUUGGAGGAUGCUCAGAGUAAGAGAAUGGAGAGACUACUUGAGAAGCACAAGGACAUCAGACAGCAGAUUGUGGAUGAGAAACCUAAGCUGCAGAGUGAGCUGGACCAGGAGUACCAGGACAAGUUCAGACGGUUGCCUCUAGAGAUCCAGGAGUUCGUCCAUUACAGCAGCAAGGCCAAGCUUAGCGACGACAGUCCCCAUGGCAACCUGUCUGUCUCCUCGACGACCGAGAGGCUCAACCACAAGUCACAGUCGGAGGACGAUACAGAAGACUCGUCGGAAAGAGUGUUCGACACGCCCCUUUAGGACAAAUCUGAAAUGCCACCCUAUUCCCUACUGUUUAUAGUGUACUACUCUCAUAUAAGAGCAGUGCACUAUAGGCUGCCAUUUCAGACACAUCCAGAGUGUGAUAUUAGAGUAGUGCACUAUAGGCUGCCAUUUCAGACACAUCCAGAGUGUGAUAUUAGAGUAGUGCACUAUAGGCUGCCAUUUCAGACACAUCCAGAGUGUGAUAUUAGAGUAGUGCACUAUAGGCUGCCAUUUCAGACACAUCCAGAGUGUGAUAUUAGAGUAGUGCACUAUAGGCUGCCAUUUCAGACACAUCCAGAGUGUGAUAUUAGAGCAGUGCACUAUAGGCUGCCAUUUCAGACACAUCCAGAGUGUGAUAUUAGAGCAGUGCACUAUAGGCUGCCAUUUCAGACACAUCCAGAGUGUGAUAUUAGAGUAGUGCACUAUAGGCUGCCAUUUCAGACACAUCCAGAGUGUGAUAUUAGAGCAGUGCACUAUAGGCUGCCAUUUCAGACACAUCCAGAGUCUUUGAGACACCCUUUUAGAGACUAAAGCCCUCCCUUUCCUCUGAAUUGGACAGUUCUGGUUGGUCGUUCUGGCUCAAGGUGGAAAUUGCCACUCUAAGCACAGAUCUAGGAACAGAUUACCCUGCGCUCAAGCCUAACUUUAACCAGUAGGGGUUCAAACUGACCCUGGACCAGUAGUAGGGAGUACCUACUCUGUAGUUCUAUUCAGAUAUGUAAAUACUUGUUUUGUAUUUGUGUUUUGUUGUUUUCCCCUGAAGCGGUGUGGAUAUUUCGGUACAGGAUAUGGGUAUUUUUGACUAGGCACUAACUAUGCGCAGAAACAAAGUUACUUACUUGAACUAUUGCACAGACAGAAUACUAUCUUUUUUUAUGUUUUUAGUGUGUUCCUACUUUUUAAACAAGAAAAAGAAUUAAGUGUUAGAUUAGGUUCUCACAAUGUUGACCAAGUGCAGGUCGGUCAAUGGUGCCAAUGUUUUGAUUUCACUGUGCACGUAGAUGGUAAUUAAUAGUAUCAUUAUGACAUUGGCACUGCAAUGUGAAGUGUUUGCACUUCACAUUGUCCCAAGUAAAGUAAAGGCAUGGUAAAUUGAACUUCUUGUUCAAACACUGUGGACACAAUCUUUAUUUAAAAUGAAGAAUCCCUCCUCGUAUAUUUUGCACUGAAGGCUUUCUACAGAACUAACUCUUCUAUUCUCUUCUAACCCCCAAGCACUGAAGGCUUUCUGGUUUUAUUUGGUCCUUUCAGAAGUAGGCCUACUCUAUACUGUUUUUAUCCUGUUCUGACCUGGCCAAGAUGUACUUCUUUUCUAGAUUUCUUUUUUCAUUUAAAAAAAUAUUUUUGACACCUUAGGUUAUAUAUUGUUAAAUUGUUUUUGGUUAAUCCUGCCAGGGAGGGGUGGAGGGUGGUGAGGGGUGGAAGGAGAGUGAUGAGGAUAAAGGGAUGGAAGAAAGAGUAAAUCUUGUUCUUUACCAAUUGUACAUGUUAGCAGAAAAUACAUCACAUAAAUGUAAAAUUAACUCAAACUGAAACUGCAAAAAUGUUACUAUGGAUGAGAUGACAUUGUUUGUACAGUACAAGUGAUAAACUACAGGUGUUGAUAUGAGAUGAAAAGCAACAUGACUAUAUCACUGCCCCUUACCAAUGACUGAAAUUGUAAACAUACACACACACACACACACUUGACCCAUUAACAGAAGUUAAUGAUGAUGAUGUCCCAGUCCUUUCACCUGUUGGAGUGGUUACUACAUGACAUUUAGACCCUAGACACAGUUUUGUGAUCACACGUCUACAGGCAUACAUGUCCCAACUGUUUAUUCAAUGGUUUUACUCCUUCUUUGGCAAGUAAUUACUGCGUAAGACAGCUACCACAGAGGAAGUUUGCAACAUGGGAGUGGUAGAAUUUAAUUUAUAAAUCAAACCAUUGAAGGUAAUUUCAUGUCUGUGUAAAAUAUUGAGAUCACCACCCUUUACGGGAUCUUGAACACUAUUGGUCCAUAUCUCUUUUGAUAUGUGAUGUCAUACUUACCUAAACUGUCAUUCAAAGACCCAUAUGAUGUGUUUUAGUUUCCAAUCUGUACAGUACCAUACAUACACCACAUGUAUCAUGUCUGAUAUUGGAAAACUUAUUUCAAAUAAUUAAAGGUCCAAUGCAGCUGUUUUUAUCUCAAUAUCAAAUUAAUUCUGGGUAACAAAUAGCUAACUGUAAUUGUUUUUAAUAAACAUUGUCAACAAGAAACAAAAAUAUAUUAUUAGCAAAAGUAAUUUCUCAAGCAAGAAUUUUGCUAGGACCUUCUGGGAGUGGUCUGAGUGGGGAGGGGAAAACUGACUAGCUGUUAUUGGCAGAGAGUUUUGGAACUCUUUCUUAUUGGUCUAUUAACUAAUUUAACACCUGGUGAUGUCACCAGGCAGACCAAAACUCCAUCCCACUAAAAACGGCUCUUUAGUGCUGAGCGAUUAACCAAGAUUUUAUUUUUGGUUAUUAAACAACUGAUUGACCAACGUGGGUUCAAUUGCUUGAUUUGUAUUUAGUAAAUUAUUUUGUGAACCCAACGUGCCGUUUCUCUAGAGAGAAAUCAAGUCAAGAGCUAUGUGGGACGUUGGGCUGAAGGGAGUUGUAGUUUUCAUUAAGCAAAUAUUCGACCUAGUUCAGCGUAGAAAUGUGGUUUCACUCUCACCAAAAUCUGUCCAAGAUAAACCCAAUGCGUUUCGAUGGGCUUAUUUUGGACUUGUAUAAAUAAUGGUUCCCGCCUUUGGGACAACGACUCCCAUUGUUUGGGCAUAGACAUGAGCAUCUCGUCAUUGUAUACAGAUCUCUGAACGGAUACACUUUUACGCCUGCUAUGUUAGGUUUGAUACACACCGAACGCAUAAGACCGCAUGAGAGAGGAAUGUGCAUAACAUAACGAGAGGGUCAGGGGCAGUUUGUGAAAGUAUAGCUUAUCCACUUUUAAGAACUAAUAAAAGGAUGUUGUCAGACAGCUCUGCAGCAUACUAUACUUAGGCAGGCUAGCUAAAUAGGAUGACUACAGACAGUACAGUAUGGGGAGCACAUAACGUUAGAUGGCCUGGCUGGCUGACUGCUACUGCCUGAACUGCGAUGAUUUCUUUAAGGAAUUAAAAAUAAUAAAGUAAUUCAAUAAAAAACUAAGUAAUAUACACAACUGAAUAUUUUAUUAUGUCAUAGUAAUUUCCUAUUAUUCUGAUGUUUGAUGUGGAUCUGACAGAGACAAUGGAAUAUGUUCAAUGCUUUGGCAAUUGAAUGUUCACUAUUUUUGGUUUUAAAAUUUCCAUUAAAAAGCUCUAAAGUCAUUAUUUCGUAAUACAUUUCAUGUUUAAAAAAAUAAUGGAAACCGAAAUCAAAAACCGUGAUUAUUUUUUUAUAAUGGAAACCGAACCAACCUCAAAAAGCACUAAUCACUCAGCACUACAGCUGUUUCACUAAAAGGGCAUUAUCACCAUUUUCACAAUUUCACAGUAUUAUUCCAACCUCAUAGUGUGGAAAUAUAAAUAAAAGACAGAAAGAUGUCGUUUUUGACUGCACUGGGCCUUGAAUCAUUUUAAAGUGACGAAUCACAUUAUAAAGUGUCAACAAGUACAACCUGGUUUCUAUAAAGAAGAUUGUUAUUGAUGUGGGAGUCCUGUGCCUUUAGAAUUGGUUUGCCUUGUUUUGUUGUUGAAUGUGUGAAAUGCAUCAUUGUGUAAAUUGCCAUUGUAUUAUACAAAGCUGUCUGUUAUUGAAUAGACUGUGUGCACUUUUAGUACGGUAACACUACUGAGUAAAAAAAACACUCGUGAUAAUGAACAGCAUUUUGAGAAGUAUCUCCUAAAAAGACAACAACUGCUAGACAUGUAUUUUUAUUUGGUCGUGAACCACUUUAACAGUUUCUGUUCAUCAACUUGUGUUUGCAUUUUGUUGUAAAUGUGUGUAUGAUGUAAAGGCAAAACAUUGAAACGAAGAUGACGGGGAUGAUGAUGAUGGUGUUGAUGAUGGUGGUGUUGAUGAUGGUGAUGAUGAUGAUCGUAGCAGAGUAGUGUAAAGGUAAUCUGCUUGUAAUUAAUAAAUGUGGCUAUAAUUGUACAUUGCUAAAGUGA